CUAUCUUGGGUUAGCAAUAAUAGGUUAGCCCUCCAGACGGAGACAUGGUGACUGUUUCAUCGCUGUUUCUUUUAACUGUGGGGUUUCUCUUUGGAGAAAUUGCGGCACAAGGAAAGCUGGUUUACGUGACUGUGCUGCCUUUGAGUCUUACACCGUUUGAAGAAGACAGACAACGUCCCUGUCAGCUGACUGGAUUUUGAAACGUUGUUUCGACAUGGCGACAGGUCACCAGUUAGAGCCUAUCCUACAGACCCGUACCAAGAGUCCGCUUGGCCUCAGGGCUUUGGACAGCUCUCACAGGAGGGCAUGAGGCAGCACUUCAACCUGGGCCAGUUCUUCAGAGAUCGAUACAAAGGAUUCCUCAACGAGUCCUACGACAGACACGAGAUCUCGGUUCGGAGCACUGAUUACGAUCGCACCCUCAUGAGUGCCGAGGCCAACCUUGCAGGUCUUUAUCCACCUAGUGGUCAGCAGGUCUUCAACCCAAAUUUAAUCUGGCAGCCGGUACCCGUCCACACGGUCCCACAAAGUGAAGAGAAGCUUCUCUCCUUUCCAAGAGCGGAUUGUCCUCGCUACCAACAGUUGAUGAAUGAAACAGAGCACACAGAGGAAUUUCUUAAUGUCACUGCUACAUACCAGGACUUCAUUGAUUUGGUGAGGAAUAAAACAGGACUGAAUCAUACCAAUGUGGAGUCAGUGUGGGGUGUGUAUGACACACUGUUCUGUGAGUCCCGUCACAACAAGACACCUCCAGACUGGGUGACUCCUGAAGUCAUAGAUAAGCUCCGCUUCCUCAAAGACUUUGGAUUUCAGGUUACUUUCGGGGUUCACCAACAACAAGAGAAAAGCCGGCUGCAGGGAGGAAUCCUUUUGGGGGAAAUCGUGAAGAAUCUGACCAAGAUGGCCGUCCCAGACCCGAAACACAAACUAAAAUUGAUGAUGCUCUCAGCGCAUGACACGACUGUCGCCGCCCUCCAGUCCAGCCUCAAUUUGUUCAACGGAAAGCAGCCGCCAUACGCCUCCUGUCACAUGUUUGAGCUGUACAGGGAUGAGAACGGCUCUUCUACAGUGCUGAUGUUCUUCCGGAAUGACAGCACAGUGGACCCGUACCCCCUAACACUGCCAGGCUGCUCCCUUCACUGCCCUCUAGAGGACUUUGUGAGAAUUACAAAGCUCUCCAUUUCAGACGACAGGGACAAGGAGUGUCAGCUGCCUUCACAAGGCAGAGAUACAGAGGUCAUCAUCAGCCUGGCACUGUCCGGCUGUCUGCUCCUCCUCCUCAUCUCCCUCCUCCUUGGCGUCAUCUGUUGGCAGAAGGAGCCAAUGAGCAACAGGGGGUACCAGCACGUGAUCAACCAGGAAGUGGGCGAGGAGUCCUGACAGGAGUGCAGACUCCUCCCUCGAAGAUCGACGAGCCUCGUGUCGUGGGACAGCAGCGAUGACGGUGAACUGUGAGACACUCUUUGAUGGUUUCAUCGACACUUUGGGAUCGAGAUGCACCUUGAUUCAGCUUUUCUUUCCAAACAGCAAGGGUUUUUUUUUGUGACAAACAGACCCUGCUUUUUUGGGUUAGAGGGAAGGAAUGCACAAAUAUGCCAAGUUUUAAGAAGUUUUCAUAGUGCUCUAAGUUUUUUACACAAUAGCUGGGACAUUUAUAGAGGGACCAGGAAACAGCAGCAAAAUCUUGGUGUUGCUUGGUUGGGGUUUUUAAAGUGUAUUUUUUUGGCUGCAAAAGUCAAGGUCAACAAUGAAAAAGUCUUUUCUGUAGACAACUUUUUCCCUUGGUGUGUUUUUUUCACAAAGCAAGGCUGAAUUUUUCUAACACAUGUCACAAACAGCCUAAUAAAAGCUUCUGUGAGGAACUUUUUUGUGUCAGAUUUGGAGCCCCCUGUGGACGAAGCAGUACCUCCAACCUCUGCAGGCUUUGUCACACCUUCUUAAUCCGUGUUUCUGCCUAAAAAUAUUUUUAAAAGAAGGUCUUUUUGGCGACAUCUUCCCUGCAACAACAAGACAUACAUGGGGGCUCGUCCGGGACUUGAACCCAGCAAUGCACAUAAAAAAUAACCUACAAAUGUUUAAUCUUCAUCCUGAUAGUCUUGUUUUUUUUCUGGGUCAUAAAGAAAUGUCAAUGUUAAUUUCUGUUAAAACCUCCACUACAACUUUUAAAAGAUUAACUAAAAUAUCCUAAAAUAUGUCACUACUGAAUCUCAGUCCAGGACUGCUGUGUUCACAGGUACCUAAUGUUAUCAGAUCGCUUUUAAUGAGCAAAAAUAUGUCUUUUUUGUGAUUAUAAAUAAUUGUAAAUGUCCACAUGUAAGUUUACAUGUAGAUAUGUUUCUCCAGAAAUCUUUUUUACAGUGUAUAUAUGCUGAUUGUGUGGCCUAAGAACCGAAAUGCCUUAAAUAUUUGUAAUAAUGUUUUGAUUUUGAUUUUAAAGAAACUCUGUUAAUUAAGACACGCUGACCUUAUUUGAUUGGUGUUGAUAACUGUAUGUGAUGACGCUACAAGUAUAAGGGGUUCCAACAUGAAUUCAUAAAGGUCAGCGUGACUUUAUAUGUUCUUUUAAGAAUCUUCAGGGGAAUUUUAAGUGUUUUAAUUUGAUCCAAGGGAGCUGCAGUUUGUCGUUUCUGAGGUUUCCUUUCAGCAAGAUGUGAAACUAGCAGCUCACUGUUGGCUUUGCUGAGCAUGGCCUCUGAGCUCUAAAGAAGGACCUAACAGAAUCACUGACUUUCAUUUCAUGUCAACAGGAAGUUUAUCGGAAAGCUGGAAACUUUGUUUUCUUUUAGCCUUUUUUUCUUAACCUCAGCUUUGAAUUGUUCAAGAAAUAAAAAAAUCUGUUUGGUCUUUUUACUCAUUUUAAUUGUUGGCUCUGUGAACUCAAGCUUUUUGAAUCCAAAUGCAGGUAUAAUAAGGAUUUCAGACUUUGAUUUACAAGGAGGGAAUGUAACAGUAAUCACAACAUGCUCUCUAAGCCUGUUUUGCUGCACUAAUUGUCAUUUAAAUUUCAUGUCAUGCUGUGUAAAAUGAUUGAUUGUAUGAGUGUGUGGUACGCGGUGCUUACCAUUGCAUUUUUUCAAUAA